GUCUGCGCUGCACCGGCACCGGGUUGUUUCGGUUUCUCCGCGUCCACUUGAUUCCUUCCCGCACGCGCCAAACGCGCGCACUAAUGAUGGCCCACUAAUGGGCGCCCGAGUCACUGCGCGUCGCCUCCCAAGUCGCACUGAUGUCUCAGCGUGGACGCAACGUCACGUCCGCACUUGAAUCUGAAGUCUUAUCCCAUUCUACGGAGGCAAUCCCAGCCACACACACACACGCGGGAUUCUCCCAAAGCGACAGGACAGACUCGUCACUGUGAAAGGGGAAGGAGACAUCAGGAAACACUGGACCUCGGCUGUUUGGAAGGAGAAAAAUAGGAGGUGGCUGGCUGUGCUGUAGUCUGUCUGCGUCUCCCUCUCUCAACUCCUAGAGCGGAGACUUCUGUGUCAUUCGCUGCUGUCAAGACUCGCACCUCGAGGACGGAAUGGUGCCAAAGCUCACAUCACCUGGCAGACCCAACACCGGUGGAAUUUUUGGGGUUCAGUUAUUGAAUUAAUAGGACAUUUGUUAUAAUUCUGCAAGAAAAUAACAGAGGAGAAGAGGUGACAGUUGAAUCGAAUAUUGCCCCAUCGAGCGAAGAGUGGCAUACACGGUAGGCGACCCCAGCUGUGAACGCAGAGGGCAGAGGGCACCUCGUCGGAAUUCAAAUUGUUUUUAUUCUCUGCAAUUAUUGCAAUAAGUCCGUUGAGGUUAUUGACACAAAAUAACCAAACAGAAAUAUUUGGAUGAACCUGCAUGUGUCUGCUGUAACUCCAACAGCUUCACUCCAGGUGUUGCGUUUAGGGUGAAAUCAUUCUGCGAAAAGAGGACUGGACAGUUGACAAACGUUUUUACCCGCCUUUCAACAACUACAAUAAACAAAAAAACACUUGGCUCUUUUUCACUUACGGUAGCUUCAUGUUAGUCGUCUCAAUUGGAAGCACUUUGAAAAAGUUACCGGGCACCAGAGCAGCGGAGCACCACGGAGCAAGCCGACCCCAAGCGCAGAUUUCCGGGCGAUGCCAGAGUAGAUGCAGGGGCAAUGUCCCGUCGCAAGCAGGGGAACCCUCAGCACCUAUCACUGUCUCAAAGAGAAACAAUACGACCCGAGGCGAAUCAUGAGUCGGGGGUGGGACCUCGCUCCCCGGAGCCGUCCACUCCCAGCCCCACUCCCACUCUGAGGAGGGCGGGGCCAGGGGAGCAUGACCUCCUGACCUGUGGGAGGUGCCAGACCAACUUCCUCCUGGGAGACAUCCUGGUCUUCAUAGAACACAAAAGGAGACUGUGCAGUGGAGGAGGUCGCGCCCCUGGGGGGUUCUCCAAACCAGGCGAAAGGGGGACCCCCAUCUUGGCACGGGGAGGGGCGGUGCCGGUGGAGGUGGGGGUGCAGGUGACCCCACAUGGGGAGGAGGAAGAGGAGAGGAGGCUGACACCCGCUAAAGGAAUCUGUCCCAAGCAGGAAAGAGGGAACACAGGUAAAGAUGAGCCCUCCAGCUACAUCUGCACCUCCUGUAAACAGACCUUCACCAGCGCCUGGUUCUUGCUCCAGCAUGCCCAACAUACCCACGGCAUCCGCAUCUACCUGGACACACACCCCUCCAACUACACCCUCACCCCUCGCAUGGCCCUCCCCCCUCCCAUGGGUGGGGGAGACUCCCUCCCCCGUUCUCCCUUACCAACGUUUCUAGGGGACACCUCCAACCCCUUCCACCUCCUCCGGAUGGCGGCUCCACUCCUCAGGGAGUAUCACCGUCCCCAACACCACCACCACCCCCAUCCACCUCCGGCGUAUCUGGACACCCGGCUCCCCGCCACCCCACCCUUCGUCAGCCCCCCGCCCCCCAGACAUCCCCUUGAACGCCUGGGUCCAGAGGAGAUGGGGUCCCUGCUCUCCCAGCACCCCAGUGCCUUCGAGAGGGUGAUGCGUCUGACCCCAAUGGAACCUCCCUCCAUGGACUUCUCCAGAAGGCUCAGAGAGCUGGCGGUUGGCAACAAUAGUAACAACGGAGGCCCCACACCCCCUCUCUCGCCCACCCGGGUGCCCCCCAUGCACCGCCUACUGAGUCCAACCCUCUUCCAGCCAGGCUCCAAGCCCCCACCGUUCCUCACCUACUCCCCACAGCCCCCCACACCUCAGGGAGACCCAUCCGCUACUCCCCAGGGCCAGAACCAAGCCCAGGUCCAGGCCCAAGCCAAGUCCAAGUCCUGUGAGUUCUGUGGGAAGACCUUCAAGUUCCAGAGCAACCUGAUAGUCCACAGACGGAGUCACACAGGAGAGAGGCCCUACAAAUGUCAUCUGUGUGCCCAUGCCUGUUCUCAAGCCUCCAAGCUGAAGAGACACAUGAAGACACACAUACACAAGUCAGGCUCCAUGGGUAGCUCCCCUGAACAGGGGAACAGAGGAGAGGGAGGAGAGGGGGAAGGGAAGAGCAGAGAGGGGGAGGGAAAAAUGGGGAUGGACAACGAGGAGGAGGAAGAGGAGGAGGAAGAGGAAGAAGAGGAGGAUGAAAUGGAGGAUGAGGAGGAGAUGCGGAACGGCCUAAGUAGGCCUGAGUCUAACCUGACCAUGGACUCAGAGUUCCACAGGAACAUGGAAAACGGGUCGAGGCCUUCCCCAGACGAGAAGCCUCAUGGUGGGGAUAGAGUGAUGGAGAACGGAGGGGUGGGUAUCAUGCACCCAUAUAAUCACCUGGACAAUCACCUGAGACUGGCCCCUUCCAAGCGGACCAUGAGUCUGGACAGGGAAAGGCAUCCUAAUGGAGAGUCGGGAGAAGGAGGAGAUGCUGGGAGGGGGGAGAUGGAGAGAGAGAGGGACAGAGAGCGAGCGUUGGACAGGGCGAUGGACAGAGCGAUGGACAGAGAGAGAGAGAGUGGAAGAGAGGAGAGGCCCUUGAUGAACGGAAGGAUUAGUGAGUCAGAAGACUCCUUCACUGGUCUGUUCCACCGCCGGCCCACCCCCAUCACCUGCCCCAACCCCUCCAACAAGAGAAUCAAGGUGGAGAAGGAGUUGGAGCUCCCUCCAGCGCCUACCCUCAUCUCCCCAGAGAACAUGUACUCCCAGCUCCUGGCCGGCUACGCCGCCUCACGCCACUUCAUCAGAGAACCUUUCCUUCACGGCUUCAGCGACGCCCGCCAGUCCCCCUUUGCCACCUCCUCAGAGCACUCCUCCUCUGAGACGGGUUCCCUCCGCUUCUCCACCCCUCCUGGGGAGUUCCUGGAGGGCAGCUCCACCCCUCACCUCCUGCGGGGUCCUGGACCGGGUCGACCCCCUAGUAAGGAGAGCCGACGGAGCGACACCUGCGAGUACUGCGGGAAGAUAUUCAAGAACUGCAGUAACCUGACGGUGCACCGGCGCAGCCACACGGGUGAGAGGCCCUACAAGUGCGACCUGUGCAGCUACGCCUGCGCCCAGAGCUCCAAGCUAACUCGCCACAUGAAGACCCACGGGCAGUUUGGGAAGGAGGUGUACCGCUGUGAUAUCUGCCACAUGCCCUUCAGCGUCUACAGCACCCUGGAGAAACACAUGAAGAAGUGGCACGGGGAACACUUGAUGGCCAGCGACGUCAAACUGGAGGAGGCUGAGAGAGGCUAGGUUAUGCUAGGCUAAAGCUAAAGCUAAGGCUAAGGCUAAAGCUAAAGGCUACAGGCUAGGCUAACACAACAGACUCCUUCUGAAUGAACACUUACAGGACUUCAACACGGGGUUUGGCUGGAUCAUUUUUCUCCUCUUGAAUAUUUUUGGACAAUUUGAUGUAUGUUAUUCUGUUUUUGUUGGUUCUUUUUGUCACAGAAACUGCCACCUGAGAAACAUAAACAAAGGGAAACAUGGAAUGGGGGACUGUUCUAGAAAUGCUUUGUUUCCCGCCAACUAUUGAUCUAUCUGAGGAUUUUAUAAUUUAGGAAUCCCUGGAGCUUUUCUACUGUGCAAUAAUGUCUGUAUUUAUUGGAGUUUUGUAAAGAUAUUGGGCAUGCGCAGUAAAAAAAUCCCUAACUGGAAACAGGUCACACUUGAUUAGAAAUAUGAUUUUAAUUGUUAACUGACUAAAUUAAUGCGAAGAGGUCAACUUCUAAAAAUUAUGAUCGAAAUUAUUUAUUUUUAAACUGUCUUAUUAUUACCCUUUUAGGUCAAACAGCGGACUACAAUCCAUCUCCUCGUAUGUGACAUAAAGCACUGAAUGUCAAUAUGACAAUAAAAUAUUAAUUAUAAUUUUAGAAUAAAAUAAAUCCCAAAUGUUGUUGUUUUAAAAAUCUGAAGAGGUUACAGACAAUUUUAUACAAACAAAAUGAUCAUUUUUAUAAAUAUCAGCAUGUGUUGUACAAUGUCAAAAUGCAAUUAUUAUAAUGAUGUGUUCCAGCCGUAUAUCCCCAGUAUGAGCAGGGGAUGUAUAUAGCGGUUGCACACAUUGACUAACAUUCCUUAGAUGCAGGAUUAAAUCACCAUGGGAUAUUUGACAUACAUCAGUUCAUUUGCUGUAGUAACUGUGGAAAGGAGAACAGUUAUAUACACGUUUAUUUGUGGACGUUUUGGGAGGCCUUUUUUUAUUCUUCAAACAUUUCUAAAUAAAAAAAAUUAUUUGAUCUAGAAUACCAGCCCUGUAUUUUACAUUCACAAUGGCCACUAUAAAUCAAUCAGAAGACUAGCUGCUUGAGUUGUCUACGUACUGAAUAAUAUAGCUACAUUCUUUUUUUUUUUUUACUCAUUUUACCAGAUUAUUGCAAUACAGGUCCUCUCAAUAGUGCUUCCUUCCUAUGGUCAUACUGUUUACAUUUUAACAACAUAGUGGCAAGGUCAUUACUCUCUCUUGACACUUGAUGAAGCUUAAUCAACGGCAAUUAGUGAAGUUAAACUUUUAAACAUUCUACAUCGUACAGUACAUUUCACUUCUAGAAUCAUUCCAUUGUUCCGUCUGGGGAAUUCUAGAACAGUAAUGUUCUGUUCAACCUGGGUGAGUUCUUAUCCCCUCAGGAUUCAGCAAAACCAGUAUCAAAAUGUAUUUCAUAUCAAUGCCUGUGUUUCUCCAUUGUGUGCUCUAAGCCUCAAUCUGCCUGGCUGCUUUCACACCUCACUAACUCAACACACACACAGCUUUGAAAAAGAAAAGGUGGGGGUUGUUAAUGUUGCUUCUCAAAGUGAUAUGGGGUUUAACGCACAAUAUCAGAUUUACAAUUUGGGAUUUUCAGCUGUGAGGAAUGAGGAUGGCUCAUCCUGGGAUGUAUCUAAAAAAAAAAGGCUUUUUGAGUUACAUUGAAUUAUGUUAAUAAUGUCCAGCACAGCUGUUAGGAUGAUGGCCACACGACCUUGAGAUCUGAUUGGAUCAUUCUUGAGGUAGAUCAUGAAAGACUGAAAUAGAGAAGAGAGAGAGAGAGAGAGAAAGAGAAGGAAAGAAAGAGAGAAAUAGAGGGAACGAGAGCGAGAGAGAUCCGCGCAAGGAUCAAAGUAAUGCAAACAAAAUUUAAAGCAUAUGAAAAUUGUAUUUAAACCCAAAUGCAUAUCUGCUUGUCAAAUCUAAUACCAGUGACAUCAGAGAGAGAGAAAGGACCAAUAUUAGGGAAGAUUUAGGCCACAUCAUCCCUUAAUACAAUCAUCUCCAACAGAGUAAAUCAUCUCACCUCAAAGAUAUCACCUCACAUACCUGGUUUAAAUUUGCUGUGUGUUUUUAGCCAAUUGGACAUGGGUGUGCUUCGAAGGAGGUUAUUCCUAUUUAUUAUUAGCUUGUUGACAGAAAUCAGAUUUUGAUAUACAAUAAGAGUGAAUAUUUACGGUAUUCCUACACAUAGUUCUACAAUUCUCACUUCAGAACAAGUUUGAUAAUAACUAUUGAAAUAUGAAUUUAGUUAUGUUAUAUUUCAAUUGAGAAAGUGGAGAGGAGAAAACUACAAUUCUCAAUUCUGAACAAGUUUCAUAUAAACCAUUAAAAUAUGCCUUUUCUGGAGUUUAUUUUAUAGCAUUGAGACAGUGGAUAGGAGAAACCAGGAAGACAGACAGCAGAACAGAACAAGUCAAUUCGUACAAGGACAUUCGGUCUCAGAAUAAUGUUUACAGUGUUUGAAGUAUGUUAAUGAUGAUAUCCUCUGUGUUUUGAAAUAACAAAGUAUUCUUUUCUUCAAUGUUUUGAAUGCCAUAGCGAGCAGUUUUCUAUGAUUAUCAUGGUGGAGGGAUUUUAAAAUAGAUUCUUAUGACUAGUUAAGUAUCAUUUCUUGCUCGCUUUAUGACAAUACCCAGUGUAUUUGUAAUAUUGACAAGGGAUGCAGCCUUUUUUUUUUAAGUGGUGCCAACAUUCUGUUAUAACCUAUUUUCACAGCCGAAUCCAAUUGUGAGUCGAUUCAAAUGGUGUUGCUUUUUGUCAAUGUUUAAAUGUUUUAUUUUUUUUGGUAAAGCUAUCCUAAAAUGUAUGUUAAAAAAUACAAUAACAAAAAUGUGAAAAUGUUUUGAAAUCAUCCAGAAUAUCAGAGGAAUUUUGAGAUUGGGAUUUUACAAUGGGUUCUGGGAGAAAUGCUUUUCAUAAAAUGUAUAUUAGGAGACAUUCAUGGACAACAUCUCUUCUCCUGGUUGGUAGAAAUACUUGUGAUGGCACUUAACAUGACAUCUUAACACAUUUUCAACUUUCACGACUUUUGCUAUUUGUAAAAAAAUAUUUUUCUUGUUUUUUUUGAUGGACUGCAUUAUUGUUUCAAAGCAGCAGUAACGUUACAGAUCAGCUGUUUUGAAUAUAUAUGUAUUUUUGUAAUGUGCUGAAAAGAAAGUCACCAAGUCCAAUAAAAGUUUCAGUUGCCCUA